UGUUUUUAUUGUUUACCUACCGGCGCGGUAUAAUAAUUGGAGGAAUGCAUCGGAUUUCUACCUGUAUUUUUGGUCUGUUUGCCAUUUAGUGGAAAAUUACUUAAACUCUGAUAUAUGUGACACUGAAGUGAACAUUUGUUACAUUCUGAGGUUUUGUGAAUAAGUGAAGAAGGUAAAAGAAGUAAGCAAGAAACUCUAUAUCUUUCGGGCUGCUAUUCAAAGGUUUUCUGUUUUUCUGUAAUGGGUGUGCUAAAAAAUAUUGCUAUUUUAGCUACUAUUGGCUCAAUAACAUAUGUCACUCGGAGGUGCUUGAUCGGUCGUAGAUACUGCAGUUCGAGAAAAUUCGACAACAAGGAGCUAAUAAUUGUAACGGGUUGCACUUCCGGAAUUGGCUUAGCCGUUGUUAAAGAACUAGGAUCUCGUAAUUGUCAUCUGGUUCUAGGAUGUCGUAAUCUUGACAGUGGGGAAAAAACUCGACAAUUGUUGAUAAAACAAUUUGGAAACGAUAUUUUGGUGGAUGUCUUUCACGUAGACUUUUGCUGUUUAAGCAGUAUUGCAGGGUUUGCCAAAAGAAUAACCGACCUGCAGAAGCCGAUCUAUGCCUUGGUCAACAAUGCUGCGAUAUUUUAUCACACACCGCAGCAGACUAUCGAUAAGCUUGAGCAGACUUUUCAAGUGAACUAUUUAGGACACUUUCUUCUUACGCUACUAUUACUGCCAACUUUAAAGCAGUGUACUAUAGGGGCGCGAAUCGUAAAUUUGGUAUCCAAAGCUCACCUAGCUGCGCAGGUGUGUCCAGAUCUAGAGCUUCACGAAAAAUUUGAAGACACUCCAAACAAUCGCUUCAGAGCUUAUCAAUAUAGUAAACUUUGUUUGGUAUCAUUCGCAUACAAAUUAUCUUCACUGCUGGCGAAGUCGUCGGUUUCCGUACAUUGUGUUGAUCCUGGGAAUGUGGAAACAGCAAUCUAUAGAGACUUUCCACAGCUGUCGAACAAAGUGUCUUUCUACCUGCAAAAACCAAUUCGCCUAUUAACGGUGAAAACACCUUACGAAGGAGCGCAGGCUGUUCUUUAUGCUAUACUGGAAAACCAAGCGCCACGAUUCUACAUUAAAGAGUUUAGUUCACAACAGGACGAGAGUGGUGAAAUCAAUCCGAUUGCCAAAAACCCUGUACUUGGAGAUUCGCUAUGGACACUGAGUCGACAAUUAUGUCAUCUCACUCAUUUCAGCCAGCUGAACAAAGUGCAAUAGUUCCCAGAAUUUGGAUCAAUCAAGCUUAUGGUUUACGCAAAGAAAUGAUAGAUUUCUGCUUCGUAUCCAUGAACAAACCUUCUGAACUUUCACGUUGUUUAGUAACAAUCAGUGAGGCAACGAAUUUCGAUGAUGUUGAGUCUGACAUCCUUUCAACAAAAAAUCCAACUAAUGAGCAAUGGAUUUCUCUAGGGUCUUCAACAACGCCUGUUGAUUGUUACAUAGAACUUUUACUUUCACAAAUGCUUAUCAACGAGACAAGCAAAUGU